AUGGCACUAAAGAGGAUCAACAAAGUAAGCUCUGGCUUCGUUUAUAUGACCUAUGAUGUGAUACGAGGGAUUACAAAUACAGUUAAUUUUGAUAAAAUAUGGCAGAAUCGAUGGCGGUGCAAAAGCGAUAUGAAAAUGUACACACAGCACUUUUGCCUUUUUAUGUUCAUAUGAUGGCCAUCAGUGCAUUUUGUUUACACUCUACGUAACACCUGGACAUCGAAAUAUAAAAGUUAUAUCGUACUCUUUUUUUCUGUCAAUUCAGGAACUGCAAGAUCUUGGACGUGAUCCACCAUCACAGUGCUCUGCUGGGCCGGUUGGAGAUGACUGUAAGCGGAAUAUGUCGCCGUAUUUUAUCACUUAAAAAGCAAACUUUUUACCACACACCAUUCUUAAUUAUAUAAUUACCUUACUUGGUAUCUCAGUGGUUCAACUUUGUGUUCUAUGUCUGAACGCUAGUCCUCAAAGUUCAAAUAUUAUUUUUCUCUUUCAUUGAAAUCUGUGUCAUCGCGUGAUCAUAAAGUGUUUCAUUGGCAAGCGACUAUAAUGGGUCCGGUAAGAAAUUCUAAUACCUAUGAAGCCUUUGGUGUUUUUGAAAUAUUUUCACUGAUCGAUCUUUACAAAACAUCGUUGAAUUGUAAUGCUAAGCAGUGUUGUUUGCUGUUUCUUUUCGAACAGCCUGAUAGCCCAUACCAAGGUGGAGUGUUUUUCCUUACAAUACAUUUCCCAACAGAUUAUCCUUUUAAACCUCCAAAGGUAGGUGACUUGGUUAUUGUAUUAUAAAAAAAGUUAAUCUGUUUUAAACAGCUCUCAAAGAACCUGAGGAAUUGUAUUUUUUGUACUGUUCGUGAUGAAUUCAAGGUUAUAUUUGUAGAAGGCCACAGUAACGUUGGUAGGCACAUUGUACUGGCUUGCUAGCGAAUCAAGUUUUGUGUCUUAUAUAUUGAUUCAUUAAUAUUCCUCGAGCCGAAGUGUAUUUUUUUUUAAGAAUAGAACGGCUAUGAUCAGAGGCGUGAAACUUAAGUAUAACGAUCUUAGAUUGCUCAACAUUUCACGCAUAAAGUUGCUUACAACAUACCGUAAAUGAACGACUGUAAUUUAGGAGUUCUUUCAAGUUUAGCGUUUUGUAAGCGAGCAUCAUUCAGUUCUUAGGAUUUAUAUUGUUACUGUUGAAGUCAAACUUUUGACCACAUUAGAAACUAGGUUAUGUUUUUCUUAUUAAUUUAUCCUGCGCUGAUCUUAAGUCGGGAUAUUUUUAAAACCACCCUCCAUAUGAGUCAUAUAUAGUUUUAAGCUUCUCAUGGAAUACUGUCAAGAUUUUCUUUUCUUGUUAUGGUUGUAUUCUUUGAAAUGACUGUUGAAACAACUUAAUUAUCCCCCUACAGUAUUCAUUUCUGUAAAGCUUGCCUAUGCUAAGCUCUCUAUUCAGAAGAGUAUUGAUUUGCCCUUUUACUCUUUCAAGUCUAGAAACUGAUGAGAUUAACAAGAGUAAUUCCAAGUUACAUAUAGGAAAGUUAACUAAAACCAAAUUUAGCAGUGUCAGAGGAAGCAUGCUUGAACCUUAAAUUAUUGUCCUAACUAAAUACCUGACAAAGAUUCAACAUAUCCCUGUUUCUAGGAUUUUCUGCUGUUUCCAAUUGUUUGAUUGUCCAAUAUAUGUAUGAGGGCAUUUUCCAUUUGUCAUGUAUGACUUGUCUGUGCAAGUUCUCAAUAAGAAUGUUGAAAACUUUAUAUGGAAAUUUUAACUGUGGCAAUGCACAUGGAAUUUAAGAAUUGAAGUCUUCUGAUACUGUCUUACAUUGCUAAUUCAUAAGACCCAUUUUCUUGUUGUAUGUGAAGAAUUAUUUCAAUAAAUUAUAGAGCUGGAUUAAUUUAUUUUUUAAACUUUUCUUGCUUAAAAUUUGCAAUUUCUAUGCUGUCUAAUUUAGUUGCUGUGGAAAGUUCUUUUACUUAAAAAAGAAAUAAAUAGUUUUGAAAACAUCUCGAUCAAAAACAAAGAAUCAUAACAUCUGGGCCAGGUUGUUCGGAGCUGGGUUAAGAUAACCCAGGGUUAAUGGGAAAUUGGAUUUCAGAUCUGAAAGCCUUAAAAUUAAAUUCAAUGCAAUUUUUAUGCUACAAGUUGAUGAAUGAAUGCUCUAAAAAGACUAGAGAAAUUUAUCUCAAGAGGGCUUUGAACAAAGGAAUUAAGAACCCAUAUAAAAAUUUAACCUUGUGCUAGUGCCAAUUUGCCUUUGAACAACUGAGCCCUGGAUUUUGAAUUGCAGAAGUCAGUUAUAAGUGUAAAUUGCUUUACAUCAGUUUAUAUUUAGUAUUUGUGCAGUCUUGUAACUUUGAUUUGUCACAUGGUUUUAUGUUUUAUAUGUUAUGCAUAAUCAACUUUUUGACAAUUCAAAUGGACUUGUCUGCUGUUCCCUUGGAAGUUGGAAAGAUGUCUAUAUAUGUAUGGAAUAGAUGGUUGUAUUUUCUUUGCAAUUUAAAUUAGUUUAAGUCUCCUUUUUGUUUCAGUUUUAUAAAUUAUCCUUUCAAUUUGAAUGAGUAGUCGAACAGACAAUGAUAAAAGGAAAGAAAAAUGUGAAAAAAAGGAUAUGGGGUAGUUUUGACUAGACGGGUUUUCAGGACUAAGAAGAGAAAUGCACAGUGUGGAUAACAGCAGGCUCAGGAUAAAACAAUUUAUGUGGAUAAGUUUGCUCAAAGUAUACUUCAAAUAUCAUUGAAUGCUGGGUAAUUUAUCUCAUAGUGAGUGUUAUCCUCCUUUUAAAUGAGCAGGGCCUGUUGUAUUAAUACUGUGAUUAAUUGAUUUUUAUUUUGCAGGUAUCAUUUACUACAAAAAUAUAUCAUCCUAACAUAAACAGUAAUGGCAGUAUUUGUCUUGAUAUCUUACGAUCCCAGUGGAGUCCAGCACUAACCAUUUCUAAAGGUGAGAUCAUUUUCCUCAGUUACUCAUUGACUUUAAUUUCACAUGCACUGUAUUCUGAUGAAACAGGUAUGAGAAGGUAAAGAACAGGAAAUGGCAACAUUUUGAGUAGUUAAUAAGGGGGACUACAAUUAUACUUCAGGGCCUGGUUGUUCAAAAAUUUGAUUAGAGUUAACCCAGGGUUAAAUUUUUAUCCAGGUUUUUUUAAUACUUUUUUAAAGCCUUUUCAGAUAAUUUUCUCUAUUAUUUUUAGGGUAUCCAAUCAUCCAAUUGUAAACAAAUGGAAUGGUACUCAAUUUUCUCUUAAAGCUUUAAAUCCUAAAUUAGAUUUCACAAUGACCCUGGGUUAUCUUAACCCUGGUUUGAAUGACCUGGCCCAGGUAUUGAAAAAAAUCAGUUGUGGUGGAUAAGUUAAAAAAAAAAAAAUGGAUAAAUAAGAGGCUGCUUGUACCCUGAGACUUGCAGCUCUAGCUUAUUUUUGUCCUGUAUGUGUUAACAACAUGCUACUUAAAAAGUGUGGAAAUAUUUUACCUUUGGUGUACACUUUUGGGCAAUUUAAUUCAGUCAUUGUCAAUUUAACAAAUAACUUCCAUCUUGCUAUGCAUCUCUUCAGUUAUAGAUCACAAAUGAUGUUGAAAUGAUCACAGAUGAUGUUAAAAUAUGUAAAUAACUAAAAAAUGACAUGCAAGUCUCAUCUGAGUGUGUCACUGAUGCUCUUACCACAUUUUGAGGUCUUCUGUGAUCUAUUACUGUACACACCCAUGGUAACAUGGGAUUUAUUUGUUUUAUGUAGUAGAAAAAGAAAAAAUACUGUUAAUGUUAAGUCAUCUACACGUAAGUGUCUGUCCUCCAAAAGAUCAUCAUUGAAAAGCAAUCAAACUGCUUGUACGAUUUUGUCUAUCGUAUAACUCAAUUUUAUGUUACAAUUGAAUUAUUUUCCAUGAUUUAUUAUGAAAUACAUGUAUACUCUGUGGAUUAUAUUUCACUCUAAGUCAGGUCAUGUAUUAAGCCUUUAAGUAUGCUGUAUUUUUCCAGGUUUUAAUCACCGCACAGUCAUUUGGUCAGUGAAAUGUCAACUGAUAUGCUUAACUACUUCUUUUUCUUUUUAGUACUUCUGUCAAUUUGUUCUUUGCUUACUGAUCCAAAUCCUGAUGAUCCCUUGGUGCCAGAAAUAGCACGUAUCUAUAAAACAAACAAACCAAAAUAUAAUGAAACAGCAAAAGAAUGGACAAGGAAGUUUGCCCAAUGAUGACUUCAUUGAGACACUGCUGUUGCAUUGUCUGUGGCAAAGUCGUAUUGUUGUGAUGUGCAAUAUAUGUUAUGUCCUACAGUACUUUCUUUAGAAUUGUUGAAUGAUUUACUAGCUAUUUGUCUUUGUCGUGUAAGGUAUAUACUGUCAGUCAUAUGAUGAAAUAAAUGUAGAGAAUGCCAUAAACAGGAGUUUGCAAGUAUAUAUGUAUAUUUCUAAAUCAAGUUAAUGUUUUGUGUAGCAGAUUCAGAUUUUAAUAAAUUACAUUGUUCUGAAUAAGUGCAGCAACUGUUUUUGUACGUUUUGUGCGUGUGUUACUUGUUUCAUUGUAUAUACAAAUUGUUGUGAGCACUUUCUGCCCAACUUUAAGCAGGUACGUUAACCACAGUUGACUCUAUAUUUGUGCUUUGUUUUCCCAAGAGUUGGAAUUAUAAGUAUUCUCUGUACACCUGUAUUGGUGAGGUCAAAUUACUUCUUGGUAUAUUAUUGUUUUGUAUUACUACUGAAACUCCAGUUUCCACCUGGUCUUAGUUGGCAGUGACAUUGUUUAGGUGUUAGUAAUUUAAUUGCAAACCGCCUCCAGGAAAAACCUUCAACACUUAUCCUAUGGUCGUAGUUUAAGUUACAGCUAAUGAUUUUAAUUAGGGCUUCUGCAACACCUUCAAACUUUGACAUUUGUUGUCUCUUUGUUCCUUUUGGAAGUGGUAAAUAAACAGACAAUUUAGUGAUUGACUUUUGAAUGUGAUUUGCUUUAGUUUCUUACAUCCUCUUCAGUUCUCCAAAAUGUUAAUAGUAUUAAACAAAGGAAACAAAUAUCUUAACCAAUAUAUGUUAAUAGAUACAUUAUUUUUAAAAAGGGAGACUAGCUUAAAUUAACCUCAAUGCAAUUAAUUUCAUUAGUCUUUGAAAUUUUUCGUUUUCUUUAAGAACCAAGUUUAAACUAACCCUUACGGUCCCAAAAGUGAUUAAAAGUAAUUUCUCUUUCUAUCCAUCUCAUUACAGUGUUUUCAUAUGCCAAAAAAAAGGGAAAAAACCAAGGGGAAUAGGGAAAGUUAUCAUUUAAAUCCCAAAUUUGAAUUACUAAUGAAAUGAAUAGUUGGUGGGAGA